AUGAGUGUCGGCCCGGAACUGGAGACGCUGGUGGAGUCGCAGCUCCUCGGCGAGGCCAAUGGCCCUGGUCAGCACCAGACUGGAUUGCAGGAUGUCGAUUCUGCUGUGGACCUUGAGCCAGCGUCGCCCAUGCAGCAGCGUCUCGACCCCCUGCAGCACCCCGGCAUGCGCCGCACUUAUAGUAUGCGCCAGCAGAAGCGGCGCCCGUCCAAGCUCGACGAGGAGCGCAUUAUCCAGCCGCGCCGCAUGAGCCAUGAUGCAGAGACGAUCGAGAAGCCGCUUAUGCGUCAGUUUAUUGUCGAUGUCGAGCCAAUGAUGCAGCAUGUAUUGGCGCAAGAAGAUACAGACGGCGAUAACCAUAUCAGCAUUACCGACAGCGGUCCCAAGUCUGUGUCGCUCGGCACGCUGGCCAGCAACGGGUACAAGAGCGUCGAGGUGCGCGGUACCUAUAUGCUGUCCAACCUGCUCCAGGAGCUGGCGAUUGCCCAGGACCGUGGCGAGAAGCGCGUGAUUAUCGACGAGGCGCGUCUUGCCGAGAACCCGAUCGAGCGCCUUUCGCGCAUGAUCCGCGACACGUUCUGGGACAAUCUCACGCGCCGCAUCGAUGCCGAUGGACUCGAAAAGAUCCUCACCGACACCAAAGGCAACUCAUCGAGCAACCAGCAGAUCAUUUACGUGCCUGCCAAAGAGACGGACAUGCUCGAGUACUACCGCCGCACUGCGCGCGAGCGUCCUGCGCUCAAGCUGCACGUCGAGGAGCUCCCUGAAGAGAUUACGCCCGAGUACAUGCGCAGCUUGAACCCCCGCCCCGGCCUGCUUGCGAUCGCGAUGCGCCCGCGCCUCGAUCCUACGAAUGGCCUGAUGGACAUGCAAGGCAUUCCGUUUGUGGUGCCCGGUGCGCGCUUCAACGAGCUGUACAACUGGGACAGCUACUUUAUUGCGCUGGGCCUCUUGGAGGACAACCGCAUCGACCUCGCGCAAGGCGCCGUGGAGCACUUUAUCUUUGAGAUCAAGCACUAUGGCAAGAUCCUGAACGGCAACCGCUCGUACUAUCUACUGCGCUCGCAACCGCCGUUCCUCACCGACUAUGCCAUUCGAGUCUACGAGAAGAAGAAGGAAGAGCUGAGCAAGAGCACGGCCGAGCCUGCCGCACGCGAGGCCGCGGAGGCGGAGAACGUCGACUUUUUGCGCCGCGCGAUCUGCGCCGCGAUCAAGGAGUACCACACGGUGUGGAUGAACAGCCCCCGCUUCGACCCUGGGACGGGCCUGUCGCGCUAUCUCCCCGAAGGUCUUGGCGUUCCCCCCGAGACGGAGCCGACGCACUUCACCAGUGUCCUGCGCCCCUAUGCUGAAAAGUACGGGUGCAGUGUGAACGAAUUCACACGCAAGUACAACAGCAGUCAAGUGAACGAGCCCGAGCUCGACGAGUACUUUAAGCAUGAUCGCGCCGUGCGCGAGAGUGGGCACGACACGUCCUACCGCCUCGAGCGGCGGUGUGCGAACAUGGCGACGGUGGAUUUGAACGCACUGCUAUACAAAUACGAGUCCGACAUUGCCGUGGUGAUCCGCGAAGUGUUUGACGAUUGCCUCGAGCUCGAGGAAGACUUUGUGCUGCACGGCCCCCUUCCGCCUGCGCUCGGGCAGCACGACGAGCGCCAUGCACGCGCGACGCCGCAGCGCAGCGCCGAAUGGCUCGCGCGCGCGGCCUUCCGCAAGGAGCAGGUCGACCAGUACUGCUGGAACGAAGGCAGCGGCAUGUACUUUGAUUAUGACCUCGCGCUCAAAGAGCAGAGCCUGUACGAAAGUGUCACGACCUUUUGGACGAUGUGGUCCGGCAUGGCGUCGCCCGAGCAGGCCGAACGCAUGGUGCGCAAGUCGCUGCCCAAGUUUGAGGUGACCGGCGGCCUCGUGCCCGGCACCGAAGAGUCGCGCGGCCCCAUCUCGCUCGCGCGUCCGAACCGCCAGUGGGACUAUCCGUUCGCCUGGCCGCCCCACCAGAUCCUCGCGUGGGUCGCCCUGGAAAAGUACGGAUACAUGGAGGAUGCGCGCCGCCUCGCCUACCGCUGGCUCUAUAUGCUUGUCACGGCGUUUGUCGACUUUAACGGCGUGGUGCCCGAAAAGUUUGACGCGGUCGCCCUGUCGCACCUGGUCAACGCCGAGUACGGCAACCAAGGCACCGACUUCCACUUUGUGCCGCGCGAGGGAUUCGGCUGGAUGAAUGCUUCCUUCCAGUUCGGCCUCACCUUUCUCACGAGCCACAUGCGCAAGGCCGUCGCGGCGUGCCAGCACCCGGACGAUUUCUUUGUGCAGUCGCGCCGCCGCUCAGUCCUGCCAGAAAGGCGGCUGAGCGACGGCCGCCGCACGCCGUACUCGCGCCGCUCCUCGUUCUAUAGCGAAACGUCGACUUAG